CUCUAAACAGACUUGCACCAGAUAUCCUGGUGGCUGCGGAUUGUUUCUGUCGUCGUGCAAGCUGAUGAAAAUGCUUCUUUUUCGCUGGUCUCAUUCAGAGUCAGUCCAUCAGAAGUCACUUCUAAAAAUGUCUGUAUUCUUUUGGAUGCUGUGGCUGAUGCUGCAAAGCCCUCGAUUUGCUAAUGCAGUGUGCAACGUUUAUACCGGACCUGCAGGAUCAUACGACUGUUUUUACUCGCCCUUAUAUGAUUCUCACCAGUGGGGUACAUGUAUCACAGAUGUCUACUUGCAACAAAAGUCAAAAGGCAAAUACCAUUGCCGAAACAGAGAAAUAACGUACUGUCACUAUCAGUGUAUGCUAGAGUUUCAUGGUAUUGGCAGCGGGGCCGUCACACUGACUGCGCCUGUGACCCACAUCAAAGCAAUGUUUUACCUUACUACUAUCACACAACCUUCUCUCCAGAAUGUUAUAGCCCCUCUGGUGAAGGCUGCAAUUGGUACAGCAAUUGUCUAGAAAAAAAAUUCCCGUGUGCAAGUGGAUCUGACGACUACGGUAUCGCGUACGCCGAGAAGUUCUGUAACGCAUACUACAACAACUACAACACUUUUUCUUCUAAAGGACGGCUAUGGGUUGACGCUGUACGCAAGUGUCUCCAGGUGGCACUGGUACCUUUAAUGCAAAACUUCACUACCUACACGUGUGCUCAUGUCAAGUCCUACGCCUUCAAGUCACAUGCACCCUGCUACUUGAAACCAGAUGUCGGCGCUCCUUCUUUCUGCGACCUGCCACACGAGGACUACUGGAGGGUGUUUUGGACUAUCAACGGUGCUUUCCUGUCAGCCUUUUCCAACUCGAUGUACGGAAUGUUUGAGGUGUCAAAAGGAUGUCUGCCAGUCUGGGGCCAUCGACUCGGUUCCUACAUACAGCAGCUGAAGAUUGGACUGCAGUUGACUGCCUCCCGUAACAAGCGACUGAAGCGAGAUGUGCUGUCUGUCUCAGAAGCUGAGCAUAGUGCUGGUUUCACACUCAGACGAUCAAGUCGACCUCAUAUUAGUCUUUCCGACCCGGACCAACACCAGCCAAGACGACUCUUCAAAGCGCCAGGCAGUGAAUGACACAAGCAACUGGCAGGGGGAGACUACUACAAACCUCUACUUCCAUAAUCUGGCAGGCACCACGGCAGACACCAUGGCCAGGCAACUCAACUGGAAUGCUACAGGCGUCACGUGGUUUGCUUAUGGACAGGCGGGGGCUAACGGCACUCUCAACGUCUUCAUCCUACUGGCUGACCGUGUGGCUUACGACUCCAACUACAACAGCUUGUCUCCGAGGCCCGACAUGACAGACGUGGUGAUGAAAGCUGCCCAGGCCUUCGAGAAUGGUGACAUCACAGUUCAACUGGAAGGAAGAGUGGUUCAGCUGUACACACUGGAUGCCUGCAGUGAUGUGGAAUGUCAGCAGGUCUUUUUAAACGUGUCUGCUCCUCCAGUUGUAAGGCAGGAAGCCAAUCAUGCUAUGUCACGGAAGAUAAUGUUAUUCCAUUUUCUUGUAUCCAUCUUCUUUCGCAAUUAUGCUUUAAUAACGCAAGUUAAAUACCCUAUUGGCCACUAUACAUGUAUAUAGCUAUCUAAUUAACACAAAUAUUUAAUUAGUUGAUUUCUUUGUAUUUUGGCUUCAUCUCUUUUUCAAACUGAUAACCUUUUGACACCAUCAUGGACACAUUUUUAUUUUUUGAGAAAUAACGAAGUUUCUGACGACUUUGUCAUUUUUCCGUGGCGAUUUAGUACUAUGCUAAAAGCUAGUUCGAAAAAAAUAGUAUCAUUUGCUUCCUGCUUGAACUGCACGCUCGUGCAUAUUAUUAAAUUGUAUCUACAUAUAUCCUAGUUGAAUAUGCUAUUAUUAUUCUUGGAGAUGAUACACUUUGUGUAACGGUUUAUCAUACCUAACACAGCCUCUUGUGGUACCAAUGUCUUUACGUGGCACAAAGCAACUGACGUCCUGACAUCCAUCUGUCAAAAUAUUGUAUGAUACUCUCUGAUGGUGUAACUUAUCUUUUAGGGAUAGUUUGAUGGUGUUUACAUCUACUGACAAGUUCUUACUUAAUGAAAAGUACAAAUAAAGAGCAACAAACAUGCACAUUUAAACUAACAUAGCUUGAACGAUCGUUAUACACGCUGGACUAAAAAUUUUCAGCUCCACAUUUACAAAAGAUGUUUCAACACCAUCUCAAGUAUUCCAAAGGCAAAGGGAGAUAACGCUAUUCCACUAAAUGACAAAGGGCAUAAAGCAAGUGUAGAUGUACACUGUGCUAAGCCGUUGCAGAAUAUUUAUUAGUGAAGAUGUCACAUUUAAGUCAGAUGAGACGAUGAGAAGAAGCUUUCAAUGAAGUGUCCACAAGUACUAAGCGAAAACACAGAUACAUCACGGUGUUCACGGCACUUUGCAAAGUAAACGUGUUUGAUUUAUUUUUCUUAGCGAUAAAUAAUUUCAAUUUUAAUUGUUUUCAAAGUCACAGUUGGUGUGCCUGGUGAGAGCGAACACACUUGCAGUGUUGACAGGAUAAGCUGACAAUGUACUAAUCACCAUGCCAAUUUAUUGAAUAUUGAUUUAUGAAUAGCGUUUGAUAUGCAUUCAAUAUAAACUAAAAAAUGUGUAGUAAAUAUCCUAUGAAGAAUUAACUGUAAAUAAAAAAUCUAUAAUAAUUUUUUUUUCUAAUCUAUUAAACAGAAAUUGAAUUAUUGAAUUCUGCA